AUGGACAUAUCUAUGUACGCAGCAGAUGCGGAAGGCAUCGACGCGCUAUCGAUACACCAGAUUGCCAACUUCUUCGUCCAGACCAGCCCCGUUACCAAGGCCGAUUGUCACAGCAGAGCACAGUCUAUCACUGGCGGGGAAAUUUCUCCUACGCUUGUGCAGGGCGAGACUAGUUACACUGUGGCUGCCGACAUUGUUCCCCCGAAAGCCAUCCAGUUUCGGAAGUCAAAAUUGGAUCUCGAACUUUUGGCUUGCGCACGACAGAUCUAUGGUGAAUUCGUUCCCAGUUGCGAACAGCGCGGGGAAUUGGGCGGCCUACACGUGUACGAGAUGGAAUUUGUUCGUGGGGUUGCUCUCAGUCGAUUCCAACGGCAGCUCUUUGCUCCACAGAUGAAAUACCAACUCCUACGAACUGUCCAGGACCUGGCGAGAUUUUUCGCCCUGGCGUGGAUCAACAAGCCACUCCCCCAUCGGGCAUCGCACGACGCUCACGAGCUAUUCGUCCACUAUUCUUCAAUCCUUGAUCAACUUUCUCGGAGUUUACCGGAGCGGUUCCAGCAGAAGCUGGGCAAUGUUCGCCAAUCGCUGCCAUUGCUCUUUCGACAUCAGUAUGCCAUGACGAUCAAUCAUGAUGACCUCUUCGAGAUGAACGUCCAUAUUGACCAGGAAACGGGUCAAAUCACCGGUAUUGUCGACUGGGCAGACGCCAAGAUCGCACCGUUUGGCACAUCGCUGUGGGGUCUUGAAACCCUUCUAGGUAUUCAAACCGCCUCAUCAUGGCUCUUCCACCCGGAUCACCUUUACUUGCGUAAGGAGUUCUGGAAAAUAUUUUACGAAGUCACUGGAGAUAUGUCGGAGGAUGAUCGGCAAGCGGUUGAAAUUGGAAGGAUAUUUGGUUUGUUUCGCAUCUAUGGCUUCGAUAUCGCCCCUGAGAAGGAGGGAGCCAAGCCUCUAAAAGAGGGCGAUGAUGGGCUCGUGUACCUCGAGGCCUUGUGCCUCUAUUCGGAUCGCGAAGAUCACUUCCAAUGA